AUGCGAUGCCUACGUUCCUACCGUUUUCUUCUGACAUUAUGUUUUAUCAUAGGAUUUAUUGUUUUAAUUUAUCGUCUUUGUUCAAUAAGUAAAAAAACAACUGUAUCAUCAAUUAAUAAUUUAUCAAACAAAAUCAAUGAACGUCUUCAUUUACUUAAUCAACAGUUUCAACAUGUUAAUAUAUCAAUGUUACUUGAUGGACCAUCUUCAGAUAGGUCACCAUCAUUAACUUAUCGAUGUCGUAAAUGGUGUGGUGGAUGGGGUGAUCGACUUCGUGGUAUAACAUCAGCAUUUAUCUUGGCUGUACUUAGUAAAAGACGAUUUUAUAUUGAUAUGCCAUAUCCAUGUGAAUUAACAAAACUAUUAAAACCAAAUCUAUAUAAUUGGCAUCCGAUUGAAUUCGAAGCUAAUCGUAAUCAAUUGCGUAUUGAAACUACACGUAGUCCUCAGUUAGCACGAAAUAUUUAUGAGAAAAUUUCUUUAACAAAUUUUAUUAAAGAUUGGUCAAUAUAUGAUGAUAUUUAUUUGACAACAAAUAGUGAUUAUAUAACACCUGCAUUAGCUAAUAAACAUAUACAAAAUAUAGUUCAAUUAUUAAAUUUAUCAUCGAGUGAUAUGUCUCAAGCUCGUUUAUUUCCACUUCUAUAUGAACUUCUUUUUCAACCAACAGAUCAAGUAAAAAAUUCUGUUGAUCAAGUAUUAACAAAAUUAAAUAAUGAUAAUAAUAUAAGAAAACAAUUGAUUUGUUUACAUAUACGUGUCGGAAAAAAUCCAACUAUGAUUCAUGAUAAAAUACUUUCUUAUCGUGAUACAAUAGUUGAAGAUAUUGUUGAAUUUGUUGAUAAAAAUUUAACACUAAAUAAACAAUCAAUUAUAUUCAUAACAAGUGAUUCAAUGAAAAUCAAUCAAUAUAUUCUGAAUAAAUAUAAUAAAAGUCAAUCGAUAUCUAUUCCUGGACCAAUUAUUCAUAUUGAUCGUUUAUCAACAUCAUAUUCAUCAACAGAACAAUGUCAAGGUUUUCUUAAAGUUAUUUCAGAUUUUUAUGUACUUGGAGAAUGUGAUACAUUAAUUAUGUCUCGUAGUGGUUUUAGUGAAUGGGCAAGUCGACGUCGAUAUUUAAUAAAUCCAUUUCAUCAACUUUAUUUAUAUUGCCGUGGCAUUUAUCAAGUUACUGGUCAUAAGUGGAGACGACCACAUGUUAUCUGUUAA